GCAACGACGUCGGCACCAUUUUUUCCUCCUUUCUUCCAUGGCGUGCUCCAGGAUUGUCGGGGACGAAUAACAAUUGGAGAAGCAACCGGGACAGAGCAUCAAGGGAGCAGGACAUUCACACCCCCAUGCUCGAGCCAGUCGAGAAAAACAAGAUUCCAUUUUCAGAACACAAGAACAAAAUGGUGUUUACUUCUCAUUAAAGAAGAGCCAAGUGAUACCUGCACAUUUGAGUUCUUGAGUCCCAUCCAUAUGGACUCAGAGAUGCAAGAAAUGUGCCUGUCCCCAAAGUUCAGUGUUCAGCUUUCAAGAGUAAAAGUGGAACCUCCUGACGCUGCAUGUCUACACGAACAGGGCCAGAUACAGGAACAGUACUGCAGCGAGCCUCCAUCAAGAAGCAAUAGCUACGGAGUGACAGCUGGGAUGUGUCACAUUAAAGAAGAAGCUAGAGAGGAAUCUCCAAAGGAACAUCCAAUCAUGGAAGUGGAAACGGAGCCUUACAAUAUUGCAAUCUCGACAGAACAGGACCAAAUGGGACGCAGCUGUGAGUCAAAAUCAGAAAGUGUGACAGUUGGGAUGUGUGACAUUAAAGAAGAACCUCAAGAGGAAGCUUCAAGUGAACAUCCAAUCAUGGAACUCAAAACUGAUCCUUACAAUAUUGCAAUCUCGACAGAACAGGACCAGAUGGGAUACAACUGUGGUUCAACGUCAGAAGGAGCAAGAGACACCACUGCUUUGCUUCACGUUAACGACCAGCCCAGAGGCACUUGUGAUCACGAACCUUCAGGAUGUACUUCUUCAAAGGCACAGUUCAAGGUCAGCAUAGUAAUGCUCGAACCACAAUUGGACAACACUCUACUAGUGACUACGAGCGAUAGACCCACUGGGCGUCUUCCAGGCCAGAGCAAGCCAUGUGCACUUGUGUACAUGUCAAAAGACAGCCUGAGACACCACAUGUGUGCACAGUGUCACGAUGAGUUUGAAACAUGUCCAGCUACUCCAACGGAUGUUGAGAUGGGAGAUGAGGGCUUUAGGUACGACGUCUGUCCCCCUACAUUCUCGCUAUCUGGGAGCGACGAGAGCCACGUGUCAAAGGUUAUUGACGAGAAGCCAUGCAAAUCUGAUCUUUGUUCUGCACAGUUCCACCAGAGCAGGAGGCUGUGUUGUCACAGUCAAACACAUAUGCGCGAGAAGCUGCACAAGAGUGAUCUCUGCCCAGCGAAAUUCAGCGGGAUUGCGCACCUUCACAAGCAGGCACACACUGGCAAACAGCCAUACAGUUGCGAUGCCUGCCCGGCAGAGUUCAGCGAGAGCAUAAAUCUACACAGUCAUAAGCAGACACACACGGGCGAGAAGCCAUACAAGUGCGAUGUCUGCCCUGCGCAGUUCAGCCGGAGCGACCACCUACAGCUUCACAAGAAGACACACACGGGCAACAAGCAAUACAAGUGCCAUGCCUGCCCUGCGGAGUUCAGUGAGAGCAUAAAUCUACAGUGUCACACACAGAUGCACACAGGCGAGAAGCCAUACAAGUGCGACGUCUGCCCUGCGGAGUUCAGCCAUAGCACAAGCCUGCGGCGUCACAAGCGGACGCACACGGGUGAGAAGCUACACAAAUGUCAUGUCUGCUCUGCAGAGUUCAGGUACCGUGGGAACCUACAGCAGCACAUGCGGACACAUACGGGCGAGAAGCCAUACAAGUGCAAUCUCUGUCCUGCGGAGUUCAGACAGAAGCCUCACCUGCUGAAUCACAAGCGAACACACACGGGUGAGAAACCAUACAAGUGCGACGUCUGCGCUGCGGAGUUCAGUCAGAGCGUGAGACUACAGCGGCACAAGAGAACACACACGGGUGAGAAGCCAUACAAGUGCGAUGUCUGCUCUGCUGAGUUCAGGCAGAGCGGGAACCUACAGCAGCACAAGCGAUCACACACGGGCGAGAAACCAUACAAGUGCGACGUCUGCUCUGCUGAGUUCAGCCGGAGUGCUCACCUGCAGCUUCACAAACGGACACACACAGGCGAGAAACCAUACAAGUGCGACGUCUGCCCUGCAGAGUUCAGUCGGAGCGGGAACCUACAGCAGCACAAGUGGACACACACAGGCGAGAAGCCAUACAAAUGCAAUGUCUGCCCUGCUGAGUUCAGCCACAGCGCCACCCUACGCCGUCACAAGGGGACACACAUGGGUGAGAAACCAUUCAAGUGUGAUGUCUGCUUUGUAGAGUUCAGCCAGAGCGGAAACCUACAGCAGCACAAGCGGACACACACAGGCGAGAAGCCAUACAAGUGCGAUGUCUGUCCUGCAGAGUUCCGUUACAGAGGGCAUCUACAGUGUCACAAGUGGACACACACGGGCAAAAAGCCAUACACGUGUGAUGUCUGCCCUGCUGGGUUCAGUCACAGAGGGCGCCUACAGCGGCACAAGCUGACACACACGGGUGAGAAGCCAUACAAGUGCAAUGUCUGCACUGCAGAGUUUAGUCAGAAAGUUUAUCUACAGCAGCACAAGGGAACACACACUGGUGGGAAGCCAUACAAGUGUGACGUCUGCACUGCGGAGUUCAGCCAGAGCAGGAACUUACAGCAGCACAAACGGACACACACAGGCGAGAACCUGUACAAGUGCGAUCUCUGUCCUGCAGAGUUCGUCCAGAGCUCGAGCCUGUCGUAUCACAAGCUGACACACAGAAGUGAGAAGCCCCACAAGUGAGAUCUCUGCACUGAGGCUUUCAGCCAGAUCAGGCACCUAAGCAGACACACACUGGCGAAAAACCUUACAGGUGCAAUGUCUGCCAUCCAGAGUUCAGCUGAAGUGAGAGCCUAGAGAAUCACAAGCGGACACACACACAGAGAAGAAGCCACGCAAGUGCGAUGUCUGCCUUGAGGUUUUCAGCGAGAAUGCGACCCUACAGCAUCGCAAAUGAACACACAUGGGCAAGAAGCCAGACAAAUGUGAUGUUUGGUACGGAGUUCAGACGCAGUCAGCACCUACAGGGUCGCAAGUGGACGCACAUGUGUGAGCUCUGCCCUGCGAGAGUUCAGUGAGAGAAGGAACCUACAACACCAUAAACACAUGAUUAAGCUAUGCCUUGCUAUCGAGCCAUGUGAACAUAAAUGUUAGUCACACACGCCUGACCUUAUAGCCUAUCAGAUGAUUGUUAUCGUGAGCUCCACAGCUCCAAAUGCUGAGCUAUGGUCCUAUCACAAAAGGGAUACACACGAGCGAGAAGCCACACAAACGUGAUCUCUGUCCUUCCGUGUUCUACAAAAGCACAUAGGCUGCGGAAUCACAAGUGGAGACACGAGGCCGUACCAGUGUGAUAUCUGUCCUGCAACCAGAGCACGAAUGUGGUACCACAAGCGAAAACACUCGUGCAGGAAGCCCUGCAAGAGCGAACUCUCUUUCAAGGUUCAGCGAUCAUGUAGACCUACAGCGCCACAUGCGGGCGAGGAGCCAGUGCUCUUAAAGGGACUACGAAAUUUCCCGAACCCCCAUACUUUUUUGCGAUGGAAACUGUUCUUCCCGCAGAGAAACUAAUAUGCCACAAAUUUUUCCGGACGAAAUCGCUCCACUCUGCGAGGAGCGCGCGCUGGAAAUGUCUCUUCCGCGUUCCUCCUCUCCCGCGCAUAUUUCCCUGCCGAUGGUGUAACUGUACGGACCGCUCUUCGGUUCCCCGUUACGUCACCGGUGUUGCACAAUGGCAAGUAAUGCCGCGAGCUCGCGCUGUGGCUGCCGCCACUGCCGAAAUCUGCCGAUCGCACGAAAGCUGCUGUCAUGGAGAUUUCCACUCCCGAUGAACGCAUACGCGGGAUCCUACGGCGCAUGCUCCUGGCGGGAUUCUCGGCUCGGCAACACGUCACGAUGACGUGUUGCUGAGCCGGCCGCGGUCGCGUCAAGUUACCCGUUGUGUCUCCGCUCGGCAACUCGUCACGGCGCGGCGCCAGCUUCAGUCCAGUUUCAUAGUCCCUUUAAGCAGCUACGUAUAUGCCUUAUGAAGCCGCACACAAGUGGGGCCUUUUAGGGUUAAAUAAAUGUAAUGAAAGUGCA